UCAUCUACACGUAAAAGGCAAUUAAGAUCUGAAGGUCGCCUCGUCAAGACAGACCCCACCAGCCCGCAUUCUCACCCAACUCUCCAUCAGCCUCAUCACAAGAGGAACAUCACAAGAGGAACAUCGCAGGCGGAACGUGAACAUAAUAGCAUCUUUCAAAUACUACGACGAAUAGCCCCGUUCCUUUGACGUAAUUGCGAACACAUCCCAUUGAUAUCCCCAUUUAAGCAACUGAGUCUUAUCUCCGAUAAUACAUAGCAGCUCUUUAUCUAGCCUCUUCGUCCCGUUAUUUCGAAUCCGCCUCCGUUAAGGGGCUUCCCAGCAACAUGGGUAAUACAACGAGCGUCGUGCUAGAUAACAUUGUGCAGGGGUCGAACUUCGACCGGGAGGAGGUUGAUAGGCUGAGGAAGAGGUUCAUGAAGCUUGAUAAAGAUAACUCGGGCACGAUCGAACGAGAAGAGUUUCUUAGCUUACCGCAAAUAUCGUCAAACCCGCUCGCUACGAGAAUGAUAGCGAUCUUCGACGAGGACGGAGGCGGGGACGUGGACUUCCAGGAGUUCGUGUCAGGGCUGAGCGCGUUCAGCAGCAAGGGCAACAAGGAGCAGAAGCUGCGGUUCGCAUUUAAGGUGUACGACAUCGACCGGGACGGAUACAUCAGCAACGGCGAGCUGUUCAUCGUGCUCAAGAUGAUGGUUGGGAGUAACUUGAAGGACCAGCAGCUCCAGCAGAUCGUCGACAAGACGAUUAUGGAGGCCGACCUCGAUAAGGACGGCAAAAUCAGCUUCGAGGAGUUCACUAAGAUGGUCGAGAAUACUGACGUUAGCAUGAGCAUGACUUUAGAUCAGUUCUAGAUACCUAGCUGUACCACCGACGAUGUGGCCGUAGUAAUGAAUUAUGAAGCCUGGGACGAACUUGUGCUUGUUAACAGGUGAACUUUGUCAUCUGUGUGAAGACUUACUGAUUAUUAAUCUCACUCGCAAGUUGAAAACGGGGGAGUGUUACUUUGAGUGAGCGGGAACUUAGACGAGGUACUAAGAUGGAUUCAGUAUGUAUUCGCCACGACGGGUUCCCAGAGAUAGCCUCAGAAGUUAUAUCCAUGCAUAAAUAUGAAUGUAUGUAUAUUUCGAUAGCUAUAGACAAUCUGAAGAACUCGUGAGAUGUCAGUGCGGAUGAUCAGGUUCGCUCGCUUAUGCCUCAAGCUGCUUUGCGAUCCCGUCUCCCGUGAAAGA